UCUGCAGUGAGCUAGAGAAUCAACGGGGCCAAGUCCAGCACUGCCAGCAUUACAGCCACUCGGAUAGCACACAGUCCAGCACAGCUUUGACAUUGCUGGUCGACCGAAGUCAUCACAAGAGGAAGCAGAGAAGUGAAUCGCCAGACCCGUGAAAAUAGGAACCUCUUUCCCAACACGAUGAAGCUGCUCUUCGUCACCUCUGUAAUGCUAAGUGCUCUUCUCACAGACUUUGCCUCCGCUCGGCAUUCGGAGAAACUGCAUAGGCAAGCGAGCAAAACCAAAUACGAGCGCCAAGACUGUAACUGUUUACAUGGAGGAACAUGCAUCUCCUAUCACCUCUUUUCUCGAGUCAAACGCUGCUUGUGUCCCCAAGGAUAUAGUGGAGAUCGCUGUGAAAUAGAUGUCGAAAUUCAGUGUUAUACAGGCAACGGGGAGGACUACCGAGGGACCAAGUCAGUGAACGAGCAGAACGAGAAAUGCCUGAUGUGGGACUCUGCUCUGCUAAAGAGGUGGCCUUACAAUGAUGGCAUAGAAAACGCCAUGGAGCUCGGAUUAGGCAAGCACAAUUAUUGCAGAAAUCCCGAUGGUCGCACUAAACCCUGGUGUUACGUUAGGAGGGGAUAUCGAACUUUUUCAACUUUCUGUGAUCUAUCGGAGUGUCAGAAACAAGCCACAUGUGGCCAGAGGCGCUUUAGCAAAUACUUUAAGAUUGUGGGUGGGAACAAAGCAGAAAUCGAGUCUCAGCCCUGGAUAGCAACCAUCUUCCAGUAUAUGAAGAGAAGUGCUUACAAUAUGUUUUUGUGCGGUGGAAGCCUUAUAGAUCCGUGCUGGGUUGCUACAGCAGCCCAUUGUUUCAAAGGAAGAAGUCUUGACCCAACCCAGUUCACAGUCAUUCUUGGAAAGACAUCACUGACUACUGAUGAAGAGAGUGAACAAAAAUUUAAGGUUGAAAGGGUUAUUCUUCAUGAGGAAUUUUUAGAAGAGGCACCAAAUUUCGACAAUGACAUCGCCCUACUGAAGAUCAGAUCAUCUUCAGGACAGUGUGCAGAAGAGUCAAAUGUCGCCAAAACCAUUUGUUUGCCUCCUGAAAACUUGGUAUUGAAUGACAAUUUUCGGUGCGAAGUUUCUGGCUAUGGGAAAGCGAACAGCAGCGAUAUUUUAUACGCAAGGAUUCUGAAAUCAACCAACGUGAAUUUGAUAUCCCAGUCCUUGUGCCGGGAAGAAUACUACAGUGGUCGAGGUCUGAAUGGCAACAUGUUCUGUGCUGGAGAUCCACGCUGGAAGACUGAUGCGUGCCAAGGUGAUUCUGGAGGUCCUCUGGUCUGCGAUUACAAUGGCAGGAUGGUGCUGUAUGGAAUUGUCAGCUGGGGCGAUGGCUGUGCUAAGGAAAGGAAGCCUGGAGUCUACACCAGAGUCACCAGAUACCUCCCUUGGAUCGCAUCCCACAUGAAUGGAGUGCACUUCAAAAGCUUCUACCCUCCUCAAUGAAGGCAGCGUUUCCUUUCUAGCGUGGACCUGACGCAUGGAUUCACGGUGUUUGUAAGAACACCAAACUAGUGAAAACUGAGCCGAAUAACAAUGCAGUGCAUUGAAACUCCGAGACUUGCUUUGGAGUUGAUCUUACCUCUUUAGAGGGUACCUUUUCAGAUUUAUCAGAGGGUUCGUUGGUUGAUGUUCAUCUCAGUUUAUCUGAAACAGAACUCUAUCUCCAUCACUAUGAAUGAUACAAAAAUUCUCCGAUGGGAAAAAGAACCCUAUAUAAUAUUUAACAUUUAAAUAUGGAGAGAUUGCCAGACAAUGUACUUUACAUGUCAUACUAUUUACAGGAAUGGAUAUUCUAAUACGUCAGUAGUUCUUGUGAGGUUUUAAAACCAGCUAUUAACAUAUUAAUGGUUGGCCCAAGGUGGAGAAAGUGACGUAUGCUGAAGUCCCUUUAAAUUGAAUGGAAUGAGGGUUAAGUGCUAAAUUGUUUUGAAUUUGUUUGUUUCUAUGUAUCUUAAAUGCACUUAACUUUCUCUGGGCCGCACUGUUCAGCUUUUACCAUAUUUUAAUGUUUUUAUCUAAAAUAUUUUUUCUUUAAGAAAAACAUACUGAAGGUGGAAGCCACUAACUGUUAUGCUCUGAACAGGGAAACAAAUCUGAGGGCAUUAAAAAGGGGGAAAGGUUAUGAGGGACUUGUCGUACACUCUAGUCCUAGUUUCAUCAAAAGGGUUAGUGAAGCAAUUAUGGUGGACUACCCUAGGAUCUACCAUUCCAGUUGCAGCUGACGUUUAUUUUAUGUGGAAGACAGGCCCAUCAGUGGCUAUGGUCCAUGGUGAGUAAAGAAUAUCUCUGUAAUCAGUAGCAGUAAACCUCUGAAACCCAGUGUUAGAACAUCAGAGGCGGGCCUUGGCCUUUGUGUCCUGUUUCUUGGCCCUUCUGGGCAACUAGUUGGCCACUGUGUGAGGCAGAAUGCUGGACUAGGUGGACCACCAGGCUGGUCCUCAUUCCAAGUGUAUCAAAGACAUCAUUCUAGCCUGCAGAGGUCAAAGUGCAGUGAGAUGUUCAUGGGGCCAGAUUCUCUACAGUUAAGAGAGGGGUUGUGUGGCUCAGUGGAAGAGCCUCUGCUUUGCAAGCAGAAGGUCCCCGGUUCAAUUCCUGACAUCUCUAGUUAAAAGGACCAGAGAGUAGGUGAUGGGAUAGACCUUCACCUGAGACCCUGGAGAGCUGCUGCCAGUCUGAGUAGACAAUACUGACCUUGAUGGACCAAUGAGCAAUUUGGUGUAACGUGGCUUCAUGGGUGUUCAUAUGAGGCUCCACCGUUCACUCUGUGAGGCACACACCAGCAUUGGUUGUUGUGAAGCAAAGGCUGCUCACUUUCAAAGUGCAUGCUUGUGCUCUAAGAGCUAUAUAACAACUGCUGGGAUAGGUGAGAACAUUGCUGUACUCCAACAUGGUUAAUUAAGGGGUCUGUUUCAACAAAACUCAUCGCUACCCUCCCCCACUCAACCAGGGCUGGAAGAGCUUCCAGUUCUUCCCUUAAAGAUGGAUCCUACCUUGUCAGUCUGACUUCCCACCAACAUUUAGCCAUCAACAUUUUAGCACUGGGUGCCGAAAUUCGGUUACAUACUCCCAUUGAUAUCCUGCAGUACAAGUAUGAAUACACCAGAGUUUUAAAUGAAUUUUAACUCAUUCUCUCUCUCCAAGGAAACUUGGGGAAUGUAAUUUUGUGAGGUGGGUAGUGUCCUUUAACCAGUUCUAAGAAUUCUUUCAGCAAACCUGUAUCAGUUAAACUCAGGGCUUUUUUUCAGCAGGAACGCAGGGGAACGGAGUU